CAUUUCUUUUAUACCUAUACACCUACAUUGCUCAACAUAUUCACCAUGACAACUAUUUUAUCUUCUACAUUACACAAGAAAUACGAUGCAGUAACAGGUCACAAAUUCAUCAAUCAAUACAAGAUGUUAAAUGAAAUAGGACGUGGCGUUCAUGGUAAAGUCAAAUUAGCACAACAAGGUGAUUCUCUAGUGGCCAUCAAGAUCAUUGACAAACAUAGUAAACGACGACAAUAUAGUUUAUUACGGUCCUCUUCUGACGAUCCAUUACGUGAUCAUGAACGGUCUCUACGACGAGAAAUGAUGAUUUUACGAAAAUGUCAUCAUCCAAAUAUUAUUCAAUUAUUGGAAAUCAUUGAUGAUCCUCAAUCUCGAAAAAUCUAUAUGGUGCUUGAAUAUACAGAAGGCGGGGCAAUUACUUGGCGUGAUGAACAUGAUCGACCUGUUUUGACUAAAAAGGAGUCAAAACAAAUGUUUAAGGAUAUUGUCAAUGGAUUAGAUUAUUUACAUGGAUUAGGGAUUAUUCAUCGCGAUAUCAAACCAGCCAAUUUAUUAUUAACAAAAGAUCAAAGAGUCAAGAUCACGGAUUUUGGCACCAGUUAUGAUCCUAGUCAAGAUGAUCCUAAAUUAUUGAUGGAAACUGUAGGUACACCAGCUUUCUUUGCCCCUGAAUUGUGUCGUCAUUCUACCAUUCCACCUACUUACUCUAUGGAUGUAUGGGCCUUGGGGGUGACUUUGUAUUGUUUUACUUUUGGUAAAUGUCCUUUCAUGGCCUCCACUGAAUUCGAAUUGUUUGAAUUGAUUCCUACUCAUCCUUUGUCCUUUCCAUCAUCACAUGAUGAUCCCGUCUUGGAAGAACUGUUACUUCGUUUAUUGACCAAAGAUCCAAUUUCUCGGAUUACUUUACAACAAGUGAAGGUAAGGAUAUCAUUGUUAUUAUAA